UAUCAAUCCUACAGCCAUGUUCCUGAGCAACAACGACGAAGUGGACUUGCUCGACCGCCUCCGCAAGAAGGACCGCGAGAAGCUCCGCGAGAAGCAGAAGGGUCAGAUGCCGGUUAUGGACCUCGCGACGCUCACGCAGAUCUGCGUUGACAACGACGGCUACGAGACGCCCGAACUCAACGACAAUUUAUUUGCACAUUUUAAAGGCUUCCAAAAGAUCGAGGGCCUAGAACCGUUCUACAACCUCAAGGCGCUUUGGCUCGAGUCCAACAACCUUCGCAAGAUUGAAAAUCUCGACAUGCUUCAACAGCUUCGGUGCCUCUACCUCAACAAAAACUUGCUCGAGAAGGUCGAGAAUCUUCAGUGCCUCCGCAACCUAGCCACUCUUGAUCUGAGUGAAAACAGCAUCUACACGAUCGCGGGUCUCGAAUGUCUCGACCAACUCACGUCGCUGAAUCUCGCCAAGAAUCGACUCGAGCAUGUGACGGACAUCGCCGCCUUGACGCAGACGCCGUCGAUUACCAACUUGGAUUUGAGUCACAACCAGCUCUCAGACCCGGCCAUUUUGACUGUGUUCGAGACCAUGAUCCACCUUCGUGCGCUGCGCCUCACUGGCAACGAGGCUGUAUCGAAGACCAAGUACUUUCGAAAGACGUACAUCACGUCGCUGCCGCAGCUCGGAUACCUCGACCGCCCGAUCUUUGAUUUGGAGCGCGCUGCUGCUGUUGCUUGGAAGACGGGCGGCGCUGAGGCUGAGGCGCAAGCACGCGCAGCGUUCGUUCAACACGAGCACGAUGAGCGACGCCGCACGCUGCAAGAAUUUCGCGACUGGCAAGCUGAGAUUCGUGCUAAAAAGCAGGUCGAGCUUCAGCAGCGUCAAGCUGCCGGUGACGUACCUCCUGACCCAUCCCAAGCGGUCGUCCCUCCGUAUGACAGCGCAACGCAGGCCCAAGCCCGCCAAGAUGCGCUCUACGAGAGGGCGAGCGUUCAAGGCAACGGCAUCAAGGAGAUAGGAUCAGCCUUCUGGGCUACUGAAGCCCAACGCAAUAUCGAGGCACCUCCGUCUCCCGAGGUGGACGUCGAGUCCGCACAAGGAUCAGGUGCUGUUGACCAGGAAAUACCCGAAACGGAAGAAAGACAACAAGAGGAACAUGAAGUGGAACCGCUUGUCGAACCACUAGCUACGACCAGCGUGGAAUCACAGCAUUGCGUUGCCACACCAACCGAAGAGGAAGCCCCCUUGUUGAUCAUGACACCCGCCUCCGCCGUUUUGAGCCCACCUGAAGUGUCAGUGCUUCCGCCACCAGCUCCCGUGCUUCGUGUGCAGAAAGACUCGGCAUCCGCCUACGCACCAUUGCUCGAUACGUUGCAAGUUGUAACGACGUCGAUCCCCGCGCCAGACGCACGUCGUGGGCCUGUGGAGCGAGAAACGUGGGAAUCGUUGCAGCAAAAGGCCAAGGUCGCUCCCUACCUGCACAAGCCACCCGUGCUUCCAUCCUGCCACGAGAUGCUCUCAAGCGACGACGAAGACGAUGACACAAGCAUCCGCCCAAAAACACGGUCCGAACUGCUCCAAGGUUUGCAGGCGCGCCGCCCAUUUACGAAUCUGAGCCAAUUGGACUAAUGACACUGUGUACACCAACUCGUCAAGAGCUUUUAUUACUUAAAACAUAACUUUGG